AUGGUGAUCGCUCGUACGGAUGAACAAAAAGCUCAAGCCAUUGCUGAACUACGCUCUCAUCUUAAAGGAUACCCUCCAGUCAAUGAUCAAGAAGGAGCAUUAAAACAGUUGCUGAGUACUUUUGAAUGGAGAAAAGAAAAUGGCAUUGAUAUGUAUCCUGUAGCAACAAAAAGUAAUGGUUUACCAGUAUUAUAUCCUAUUCGUGGUUAUCUAUCUAUGCCUGAUCAAAAUUUGAUUGCUGCACCUGGUGUUGCUGAAAGUGUCCUACGCAUUUAUCGUCACAUGGUGGAAGAAAUCUUUCAUUAUCAUGUUGGUUGUAAUGAAUUCCUACAUCGUGUGAUUAUGAGGGAUUGUUCCAAAAUGGCUGGUAAAGUCAUCAAUCGUGAAACUGUUAUCUUUGACUGUACUGGUAUGAGUUGGCAACAAUUCCAUAUGCCUGCCAUUCAAUUGAUUAGAACUAUUUCGGAUGUGGAUCAAAAAUAUUAUCCAGAAACACUCAACAAAUUAUAUCUAGUGAAUGCUCCAGGUGCUUUUGUCUAUGUUUGGAAAAUCAUCAAAGGUUGGCUUGAUCCAGGUACCAUUGAUAAAAUUCAAAUUCUUGGUAGUGAUUAUCAAGGAAAACUAUUGGAACAAAUCCCACCUGAAAAUCUUCCAAGUUUCUUGGGUGGUAAAUGUACUUGUAAUCAUAUUCCUGGUGGUUGUGUCCCUUCUCAAGUUUUAAAGAAUGUUCCUAUCAAUAUCCCUGGUGAUGCUAAUCAUAAAGUCCCUACUGCUUACAAUUCGGAUAUCAUGGAAAAGGGGAAAACUUGUGAAGAUAUUCGUGGCCCCUAUAGAAUAGGCUCAGAUUAG